GGAUCAAAGCGCAACACAAAUAUCGAUAGCAUCGAUAUACAAAACAUUGUGAGUCAACGGUCUAAUUAGAGGUCUUUGUUUACUUGCUAUUCCAGCUAUUCCAGGCCAAAUUCUAAAGCGAAAAACCCUAGUUUAGUUGCAAUUUUGAUUUUGACUGCCAGCUGUCCACACAAUGAGCUGCUACGGCUGUAGCCGUCGAUACGGACUCUUCUGCAAGGAGUACGGCUGCCCCAACUGCGGCUAUUCGUACUGUGCCAAAUGCCUGAAGCGCCCAGUUGCAGUGCCGCGCCACGGCAACAAGGUGCUCAACGUGUGCCUCAUCUGCUACGACAAGGUGUCCAAGAUGCAGGCCAAUGCCGAGGCCGAGAAGGUGAUCGAUUGCGAGGCUCUGCCCGGGGAGCUGGUGACCAAGCAGCGUCUGCCGCACAAGAACCACAACCCGCCGGACAGCGAGGCGGCCGAUGCGCUCUUCGACAAUCUGUUGCCCUCGGUGGAGCUGGCCGCUGUGCUCUCGCCCAGCAGCCCUGCGUGCGUUGGCGAGGCGGCCGCAGCUCUAGCUCCAGCACCGGCCACGGGCACCGAGGAUAUAGAUGAGAACCUAGACCGUGCAAUUAGCAAGCGCUUGCAGAAUCUCAAGGCAGUCGAGACGAAUGACGAUGAGAUACGUGCGCGUCUGUCCAAUCUGAGCGGCAUGCCGCACCAGAAGAACUACGAUAAGAAGGACCUGCUGCUGUCCACCGACCAAAGAACCGAUCAGGAUAGGAUCAAAGAUCUGCUACAGCAAUUCAUGGGCGAAACGGCGCUGGAUCAGCGUGUGGAGGCCGAUCGCAGCGAUGCCAUCAGCGACAUUGAGAAACGUCUGCGUGCGCUGCGCGAUGCGCCCAUUGAUGGUGUCCCAGCGGCAGCAGGGACGGGCACCAGCAUAGCGGCCACGAAUACGCCCAGCGACAACGAGGACGAGAACGAUGAGACGGUGCUCCAGAAGAUCAUGAAGAAGUACGUGGCUGAGGCGCGCCUGCCCCCGGCUGCCAAUGCCCUGGAGUCGGAGCUGUCGACGGCCAGCAAUGCGGCCAUCAACGAGGAGCUGCCCUGGUGCAAUAUCUGUGACGAGGAUGCCGUCUACCGCUGCCGUGGCUGCGACGGCGAGCUCUUCUGUGCCCCGUGCUAUCGCGAGUGCCACGACGACGACGAGGAUUACCGGGCACACCACAAGGAGAAGUACAGUGCUCCGCCCAAGUUCAAGGAGAAUCACUUCUAAUGGCUGCUUUUGCUUAUGUUGAUUACUCAUUACUCAUUAAUAUACUUUAUUCCUCGCCUUCUCCUCUUUGUUGUUCCCGCGGUCCCCCUCUUCAAGUAGUUCUGGAUCAGUGUAGUUCAAUU